ACUUAGUGUUUACACCAAUUAGCCUACCUAACCAAAACUAAAAUCCCGCUCACCGGGUUAAAAAAGUCCUAUAGCUUACUAAAGAAAAAUCUUGCUUAAUCCCGCAAGUUUUUAAUGCACUAUUUUGAAUGAACCUUUUGGUGUAACUAAGUAAACAAUGUCUGGAGAAGGAGACCAUCCAAUUGAGACUCCCGAUGACGGGAUCGAGUCAAGCUACAAACCCCCUCCAGAGAAGACGAUAGAGGAGAUCCUUGAAGCUGACAAAGAGGACGAGAGUUUGCGGAAGUACAAGGAAACUCUGCUCGGAGAGGCCAAGGAAAAGAAGAUUAUUGUUGAUGAAAGUGACGAGCGCAAGGUUAUUGUAAAGCGUCUGGCGCUAGUGGUCGCUGACAGACCAGAUGUUGAACUGGAUUUGACGGGAGAUCUUAGUGAGCUCAAGAAACAAGUGUUUAUCAUCAAGGAAGGGGUCUCCUAUAGAAUCCGCAUAGACUUUAUCGUUCAGAGGGAGAUUGUACAUGGACUGAAAUAUGUACAGAAAACAUCUAGAUUGGGACUGCCAGUUGACAAGUUGACACACAUGGUUGGAUCUUACCCACCCAAGCUCGAUCUACAGAGCUACACAACACCUCAGGAAGACGCUCCCGCAGGAAUGAUGUCCCGAGGGACUUACACGGUUCACUCACUCUUCACGGACGACGACAAGAACACCCAUCUCAAGUGGGAGUGGUGUUUUGAGAUCAAGAAAGAUUGGAAAGACUAAACCCAACCGUGUACAGUACAUGCCUUGAGAGAUAUGUCAAUUUAUAUUUAGAGGCCAGUUGAACUUUGAAGAAAAAUUUGUUCAUAAAUUUGAUGUUUGAAAUACUGUAUUGUGUCUUAGAAGACGAGAGGCUAUUCAUGAAGUUAUGUUAAGGUAUUGAAUACAUAAAUUAACUGUGAAGAUAUGUUGUGGUCCAUAGAGUGGGUUUUAAUUUUUUUUGUAAAUCCAUAUUAGUUUGUCAUCUUAUGUAUUGCAAAAUAACAAAAAAACAUUGAAUUACAGAGUUAUUUAAUGGAGCUAUAUUUGAAACUGUGUUUGAAUAUUUACAAAUUCUUUCAAAGAAAUAAUUUGUAAUAUUGCAGCAGGUAUAUGCUUUGCUUGAUUGUGGUAAACAUCUUGGCUGGUUUAUAAAAAAAAUCAAAUAUAUUAAAAAUGAUAGACGAGGGAGUGCAAAGUUUUGACUUGAGUUUGAGGGGUGAUGUUAUUUUUUGUGGUUUUGUCAAGCAACUUUUCUUUUAGUCUUGGCUUAGUAAAACUUGGGUCAAUCACCAUUAGUUAAUUAUACCGUAUCCAGGAGUCUAUAUGGUUUUUAAUUUGUCAAGAAUACAACACUAUAAUUUUUACCACAAAUAUUAGGCCUACUUAUGUUGCCUUAUGGUUACAUAUUGUUUGCAAAUAACUGGUACGGAAACGCCAUACCAAAAAAUAACAUCUCAUUUGUCUGCUUGUGAGGCAAAUUUUUCUUUGAACUGUCAACUGGUUAAUAUUAUCUAUGCAAAAUUAUAUGGUACAAAGUUUUGAGUGUAUCCCAACCCAUGAUUUUGGAAGUAUAUGUAAUGGACAUAAUUAUAUAUUCUGAAUUUUAUCGGACAGGUUUUUUAAGGAGCAUUCCUGUUUCGGAAAAGUGUGAUCCAGUCAAGUUUGACUUUAUGUAUUGCUGCAUUUACCGAAUAAAUCUAUAACUGUAUAAAAUAUCGUAUUAUAAAUGUAGAAUAAUUCUAUAGUAAAUUUGAUAAACAUUAAAAUCAUGAUGACCAAAAAUCUGAUGAAAUGCAUUUACUGGGACCUAACCAAGAUGUUGCAUAGUAUUAUGAAGAUUCCUCCUUAUCAGGUACUCUAGGUGUCAUGGUUUUGUGAUAUUGCCUUUAAAAGUUUGCUAUAAAAUAUUUUGACAACUUACAAUACAACUGUCUUUCAGCAGUAAAUCACUCGAUAGUAUUUUAUAGACAAUAUUCAGGUUUCAGUAUUGUUACAAGUAUACAGUGUUAAGGUUUUAUACAAUUUAUCUUGAGAAAGGUUAUAUAUAAAAGUAGGUGAUUAUUAAUCCUCUCCUAAGGAAAAUCAAACAUGAUAUAAAUAUGCACGUAUCAGACCAUUAACCAUUGCCGAUAGACCUGUUCCUAAUUUGUUAGGAGUAAAUGUUAAAGUUUUAAUAAGAACUUUUUAAUGAUACCUCCACACUAUACUGUCUGCCUCUGAGUGUCCCAUGUACGUUUCAGGCCUUGUACUUAAUAUUAAAAUUGAGCCCUAUUAGUCUACACUUCAUCAUCCUUUAUUUGUUAAACGCUUUUUUGCUUCAUCUGCAAUUAGUUAACGAUUGCAAAUAUGUGAGAUAUACAAAUUGAAUUUAUAUCUACAUAUAUGCCUACUAAACUAAACUAUUUUAUGGCUUUUUUGAUAGAAAUGUGUGUUAGGAAUUUACUGCUUUAAUUGUAACAUUCUUCGCUAAACGACUGAUAAUGAGCUUCCGGAAAUAUUGCAAUCACUUGCCUUAAACUCACUUGAUGCUUGGAAAUUUAUUCACUCAGAGCUUUAAUGAAGUUAAAAUAGGUAUACAUUUUUCUAAACUGUUUGCAACUGAGGGGAAUUUUGUAUCAAAUCUCAGGUGCUUCGAAAUUGUUUUGUCUGGUCUUAUUUUAGUAUUGAAGUUCUGUAUUGCUGUAUUUUGUAUAUUAAAAUAAAUAUUAUAUAAAACCCGUUGCUUUA